CCUCCCCUCCCCCUUCUCCCCAACCGAAUCCACGCGCCCCACCUCGCCGCCGUCGCCGCCGCCGCGAUGGACGCGGAGGCGUCGGAGCUGCGGGCGAGGCUCGCCGCCGCGGUGCACGCGCUCAAUCACGGCGGCGGCGGGCACCACGACCCGUCGGCGCGGCUCGCGGCCAACCAGUGGCUCCUCGCGCUGCAGCGGUCGCCGCAGGCGUGGGGGGUGGCGACCUCGCUGCUGGCCGCGCCGCCCCCGGGCCACCCGCCCCCGCCCGCCGACCUGCUCUUCUUCGCCGCGCAGAUGCUCCGGAGGAAGAUCCAGUGCCCCCCCGCCGCCGCCGGUGGUUGCCCCACGCCGCAGGAGGUUGCCCACCUCCUCGACGCGCUCCUCCUCGCGGCGGGGCGGUUCUGCCUCGGCCCGCCGCGGCUGCUCACGCAGAUCUCCCUGGCGCUCGCGGCGCUGGCGCUCCGCGCCGAGGGCGGGGUGGACGGCCUCUUCGCGCGGAUGCGGCACCUCCCCGACCCCGCCGUGAUGGAGCUGCUCACUGUGCUCCCCGAGGAGGUCGUGCAGGACCAGAGCGGGGACACCGGGGUGGACGCCGCGGCGCGCUGCAGGUUCACCCGCGAGCUCAUGGCGCACGCGCCCGCCGUGCUCGAGUUCCUCCUCGCCCAAUCCGAGAACACCGCCGCCGCCGCCGACGGGGUCCCCCUCCACGAGCGCAACCGCAGAAUCCUGCGCUGCCUACUGAGCUGGGUCCGCGUGGGAUGCUUCUCGGAGAUGCCGGCGGCGGCGCUCGCGGCUCACCCACUUCUCACCUUCGCGUUCAACUCGCUGCAGGUGUCCUUCUCGUUUGAUGUGGCCGUAGAGGUUAUGACCGAGCUUGUCAGUCAUCACCAAGAUCUACCUCAGGCAUUUCUAAGUAAAAUGCCAUAUAUUAGAGAAGCUCUUCUUCUGCCAGCUCUUGCCAACAGAAGCGAGAAGACUAUUGCUGGUCUUGUUUGUUUGAUGUGUGAAGUUGGUCAGGCAGCACCUGCUUUGGUUGCAGAAGGGAGUGUUCAAGCACUUGCUCUUGCCGAUGCACUUUUGAGAUGUGUAGCCUUUUCUAGUGAUGAUUGGGAGAUUGCAGAUUCAACCUUGCAAUUUUGGUGCAGUUUAGCACAUUUUAUACUUGAUAGUGAUGCACAAACAGAAAAAAGGAAUGCUGCACAAGAGAUAUUUUCCCCUGUGUUUUCUUCACUGCUUGAUGCACUUCUUUUUCGUGCUCAGAUUGACACUGAUGAACAUGGCACUGAUGGGGAAUUAUGCAUACCUGAUGGACUAGCACAGUUCAGAAUGAACUUGGAGGAGCUUCUUGUUGAUAUUUGCUUGCUUCUAGGUGCUCCUGCAUAUAUUAAUAAGCUUUUUUCUGGUGGAUGGGGUUUGGCUAGCCAAUCAAUUCCUUGGAAAGAGGUAGAAGUUCGAAUGUAUGCACUUAGCAUGGUCGCUGACACAAUUUUACAAGAUGGAAGCCCCUUCGAUUUUUCAAUCAUAAUGCAUUUUGUGAACAUUCUGUCCAGCAGAGCACACAGCGAACUUAAUGGAUGCCUAUCCUUGGUAUACAAAUCAUUUGGUGAUGUCAUUGGUUCUUACUCAAAGUUGUUGGCAUCCUCUCAAAGUAAUAUUAAACCAUUACUCCUGUUCUGUGCUUCAGGGAUUUCAAAAUCCAUAUCAUCAAAUGCUUGCUCAUUAGCUUUGCGUAAACUUUGUGAGGAUGGUUCUUCAUUCAUGAACGAGCCUCAGAAUCUGGAAAUUCUUUUCUGGAUCAGUGAGGGCAUGGAUGCGGGGAAUCUGCGAAUAGAGGAUGAGGAAGAGAUCAUUACUGCAAUUACACAUGCUUUAUGUUCUGUUCUUGACAAAGAGUUAAGGAAAAGUUCACUAGCAAGGUUACUUUGUUCCAGCUACACAGCAGUGGAGAAGCUUAUUGACAUAGACAGAGAUCAAUCUCUGCGUCAAAAUCCAGCUGCUUACACAGAAGCAUUGAACCUUGCUGUCCAUGGUCUCUACAGGAUGGGUGCUCUAUUUGGCCAUUUGGCGACAUCAAUUACAUCUAGUCUGAUUGAUGAUGACACGGUUUUGGUUCUUCUUGGUAUAUUCUGGCCACUUCUUGAAAGACUUUCCCGAUCAUCUCAUAUGGAGAAUGUUAGUUUAUCUGCAGCUGCAUGUCGUUCUCUUUCUUCAGCCAUACAUUCUUGUGGACAACACUUCCAGAUUUUGUUACCUAAAGUUCUGGAAUGCUUAUCAACAAAUUUCUUACUGUUUCAAAGGCAUGACUGCUUCUUAAGAACAGCUGCCAGUGUUAUUGAAGAAUUUGGUCACAAGGAAGAAUAUGUUGCUUUAUGUGUCAGAACUUUCGAAGCACUUAGCUCCGCAGCUUCAAUAUCUACUUUGAAUUCUUCUUACACAUGUGAUCAAGAACCUGAUCUUGUUGAAGCCUAUGCAAACUUUACAUCCACAUUUAUUCGCUGCUGCCCAAAGGAAGCUAUUGUCGCAUCUGGCUCCCUGCUUGAGUUGUCAUUUCAAAAGGCAGCUAUAUGCUCUACAGCAAUGCACCGAGGAGCAGCACUUGCUGCGAUGUCAUAUAUGUCAUGUUUUCUUGAUGUUAGCCUCGCUGCUGCACUAGAAUCUCGAGAGCACCCCUCUGAUGGAUCACCUGGUGUGGUGCUAGCUCAAAUUUUGGCACGCUGCGGUGAAGGUCUCAUGUCAAAUGUACUUUAUGCUCUACUUGGUGUAUCGGCCUUGUCAAGGGUGCAUAAAUCUGCAACAAUAUUGCAGCAGUUGGCAGCAGUGUGCAGCCUCUGUGAGAGAACAACGUGGAAGGCCAUUAUUUCUUGGGAUUCCCUUUGUCGAUGGCUGCAAUCAGCGGUGAAAUCUAUGCCCUCAGAGUACCUAAGGCAAGGGGAAGCUGAGAUGAUAGUUCCUUUAUGGCUCAGCGUACUUCAUGAUGCAGCCUCAGACUAUCUUCACAGUAGGACUGGUGAUAAUGUCAGAAACAACCAUGCUUACAUGCAAGGGAAAGGCGGAAGAACCCUUAAGCGUAUUGUCAGGGACUUUGCAGAAAGCCAUCGGAAUGCCCCCAUGCCCUGCCCUUCAUAACGUGUUUGAUGAAACUACCUCAUGCGGAUGGAACUGCCGCGAUUAAUAGUGUUGAUUUUGGAGCUGUCAAUGAUCCCGGAGAGCUCACUGCUCACAUGAGGAUCUAAAGAGAGACCGUGUGGAGCUUCUGUCUGGCGUUACGGGUAUAUCACAAUGCUGAUACCAAAGGUUUGAUCUCCACAUAUUCCAUCCGUUAUCUUUUAGCGGGAUUAGGAGGUCGUUUGGUGCCUAUUAUGCAAAAGACCUGGUUUGGAGUCUGUUUCUCCUUUUGCAUAGCGGCUGCAAGGGACAAGGUCACUCUGCAGACUAGUAGCUGCUCAGAUUUGAGUGGGUCAGUAUCCUCGAGGCCAAUGACCGUUCUUCAAGUUGGAGUUUGCUAUGCUAUACUCUUGGAAACACAUGGUUUAGCUGUGGCAUACUCCAACAUCUUCUGGUUUUUUGGGAAGCUGGGAACGAAGAGGUCAGAGGUGAAUUUUAUAGCUCUCUACACCCUCUUUUCACAACCCGUGCGAUGUACAAAACAUUCAUCUGUAUUCUGUCUCAAAUUUUGAGUUCAUUACCUAAGUUAUAUGUGGGCAUGUCCGCAUGUGAUCAAAGCCAUCAGCAUGUCAAGUGAAAUUUUGAGGGGUAAGAUUUUGAGAAAUGUAUAUAUAAUUGCUAGCUCAUGAAUCUCCCCUUUAAAACUAAAUGGGGUUUGAAAGACUCAUAUAGAUAUUUAUGUGGCCUCAUUCGGAUCA